AUGCCUGAUAAUAUUACGGACAAAAGCCCUACCCAAGGUGAUGGUGCCACAACCGCGAUUGCAUCUAUCGAGCCACCAGCACACGAAGUCCCUUCUGUUGGAGUUAUUUACCUCCACGAAGUCCCUGUUGGUAAAGUUGUCAACUUGAGCGACCUCGAAAGAAAAGACGCAGAGCGCUCUACGGCUGAGAACAACAAGUCCGAAGAUGCAGGUGGAGGCAUGAGCAAGAACUAG